AUGGAGACGUCCAAUCACGGAGGCGAGGGAGAUGCCACCGCCGGCGUUGAUGGUCGGGACGCCAACGCUCGCAAUAGCAUUCGUGAUGGCGGUCUGAAUUUGAGUGGGAAGACCAUUGAUGGUAGACUGGAGCGUGCCGGUAACGGUUCCCAGGAGCACGCCGGGAGUGGUGCCGACGAGGGCGAGAGCGACGUUGACUUGCUGCAAAAGAGCAGCCUCGGCGGCAGUGAGCUGACGCCUCAGGCCCGUGAGUACAGCCUGGGUCUGGGCCAGGAGCUGGACUUGAUUAAGGCUGAUUCCGCUGGUCACCUGGCUGAGGAUAGACUGGAGGUUGGCCAACGUGGUUGGGAGGCUGAGGGCGCCGAGGAGCUGGCCAAGAAUUCCGCUGAUGGCAGGGAUAAUGCCAAGGUUGAGAAUGGCAGUUUGCCUGGCAACGAGGGCGUUGCUGGCGACCAGCGCAUUGCCAGUGGAGGCCUCGAGAUCAAGAGGGGCGGCAAUGGCAGCCGAGGCCGAGGUGAGAAGAAUGGUGAACUUGGAGAAGUGCAUGUUUGCUGA